GGGCAGGAAAGAACCUCCCACCACACCUUAGCCGCAGAGCUCUGGGGAUUAGCUGGGAGUGCCAGUCUCCAGAGGCUGAGAGCUAGAUCUGAAUCAGCUGGAGUUUUCUUUCCUAUGAAAAGAAUCCCACUCAUCAUGACCGCUGUCCGGCUACGACAAUUUGUUGACCGCCACCCAGUGAUCCCACCCAGCCCAUUCAUUGCUCAUCAAGGCAAGGACCUCCUCGGCUACCUCCCUGGGCAGCUGGCACGAAUCCAUGUUGAUUCCAGUGUAAGGAGCUCUCCCAGACCUCUCAUAGACUUGGCCGUGCCACCCGAGGAGAAACGUCAAUGCCAGCCUCAGCUAGACCAACAAACUCUCAUCCGAUAUAUUUGUUUUCAAAGACACUCCAAGCCUGACGAAGCAUGGUACAAAGAAACCACGUACCAAAAACACUAUUCGCUGCCAUUUUACGUGCUUGAUUGGGACCAGAAAUUAGGCACAAUUUCCUCGAAUCCUCGACCAAUCAAUUCACUCCCGGAGUUCUGCUGUUGUGAAGAGAGGUGGCGCUGAAAUAAAAGCUUUAAACCAA